UCGCAAGUUUUCCGUUUUCCCGGGGGAAAACCCGUCUAGUUUUUCUCCGAACCAUGGUUUAAGACUUUGCACGCUGCUCGUCUAGUGUUUGGUGGCUGUAGGCAUGAGAAAGUGUGAGAUUGUGUCAAAAAAGGCUUGAAAAUAUGCUUAUUCAAUUGCCCGGGGUGCCCUGGUAUUCACACAGCAACUGGUUGGUACUUUAAAAGGAUUCAUUUGAGGCCAACCAGCUCCACAAAACCAUCAGCGCGACAUCAUGGUCAAGCAUAAAGGCUAGCGUCCGGUGUUAUCAAUGUACCAUCCCAAGCAACAUGCACUGGUAUUACAAACUAUUGGCCCGCCGUCCCCACUUGGUGUUGGUAGCGGUAGGAAUAUUUUCCAUCGCAUGUAUCGUCGUUGCACUUUCUACCCGAAAACUGCCGGACUUCGAUGAUCCAACUUUGGGGUUUGAAGCCCGUGGUACUUCGAUCGGUAAACGGUGGACAGCAUGGCGGAACCUGUUGGAGGAAACGGGCGCAUCAGGUCGUUUGGUGGCAAAUCCGAAAGAACUUUCAUAUGGCAACAGCAACAUCAACAACCUGAGGCACAAAACGGGGCCAGGAAAUGGAGCACACGUCCCGAAGCGGCGGAAACCGAAAUCGAAAAAGAAGGUACCCCACCAGACCGAGGCAGGUCAGAAGAAACACAGCAAGUUGGGAAAAAACAUAAGGAUCCUGAAGGAACUGUACGACAACCGAACGGUAGAAGCGGUAGCAACAAACGGCGGCGAAGUAAUAAGCUUCGAGGAGUACGACAACGAAACGGUAGUGCAGCGGGGUGGCGGUGGCCGACAGGAAGUGUGGGAGUACGGUCGAAAUCAAUCAUUCUACACCGAGGAGAUUGGUAACAAAACGAUGGAAAAGAAGCGGGCCAAAUGGGACACGCUGCGGAAGCUACGGCCGCCACCGGAACCGAUUGAAAUUCACAUUCCAUCGGAUGGAUUUUUCUGUGAAUCGCCAAACAAAGAAUAUGCCCACCUGGUAGUGCAGAGGAAAAAUGAAAACUACAACGACACACUCUUCGAGCUGAACGCUUUUUUGGCACUGUGCGAACUGGAGCAGAAAGUGGUCACCGUCGACCAUUACGCGGGUAUUUGCCAACGCGAACUGACAUCCGACAGUUGCUGCCGUCCGUGGUCAAUCGUGAACUACGUCACCUUUUUGUCGAACAAGUCGUCCUGCUUCGAGCUCAACGAGGAAGAUGUGGCGAUGGUCAAGACGCUCCUGUUCGACUGCUUCCAGUACUACCACAACAUGAAGCUAAGCAAUGACUGCAUGCGGUCGAGUUGUAUUGCGCCGAGUGAGUGCAAACAGCACAACGCCGUGUACAACAUUCUACACUACUUGGCGAAUGUGGAUUUUAUAAGACAAAAUGAAUCUGCGGAAUUUCUGAACGUUACCAUGAUAUUUCUGCCCGUCGCCAGGAGCACAAAGUCGAUGGAAUUUUAUCAUAGUUUAAGCCAAGCUAACCUCGCUAACGAUCUUGUCGCGGUCGUUGCCAUGGAUAUGGGCUUAAAGAAUGCACUGUUCGACGAAUGUCUACUGCGGGAUGGCUGGUUGAUCGGCUUGGGUGGUGUCUUUGUCGUCCUGUGCAUGUGGCUUUACACUGGAUCGCUUUUCGUCACACUCAUGACGGUGGUCGCGGUUGCAUUUUCGCUCGGAAUCGCAUACUUCAUCUAUUCCUUCAUAUUCGAGCUUACAUUCUUCCCCUUCAUGAACCUGCUGGCGGUCAUCGUUGUCGUAGGCAUUGGAGCGGAUGAUGCUUUUAUCUUUUUAAAAAUAUGGCAAUGCACCAUCGUCGAUCGGAUGAAGUGUGGUGGUGGCAUCGUCAUACCGAUAGUUCCAUCCACCUCUGCCGCAUGUCACGCGGAAAGCACAGGACGUGGUGGCAAUUCGGACACGCUGGUGGAAAUUAUGGGCAGCACAUUGCGGCAUGCGGCGCUCUCGAUGCUUGUCACAUCGCUCACGACGGCGGCUGCAUUUUACGCGUCCUAUGUGAGCUCCAUCACUGCGGUCCGGUGUUUCGGCAUUUUUUCCGGCACUGCUGUGAUGGCCAACUACUUCCUCAUGGUAACUUGGCUACCGGCGGCUGUUUCCAUCGCGGAAAGAAUGUCCUGCCUGAUGCUGCUCAAACCGUUCGCCCGUGUCUCCCACCGAUUCAGUGUACCAUUUAUUGCCCUCGCCCAGUUUAGCCGCCGCCUCGAAGACGCCAUCAUUGGGCUGGUGAUUGGCGUACCAUGGUUGUGGAUUUCUUUGCUUGGAACAAUCGGCAUUUUCAGUGGUGUGUUAGUGCUUCACUGGCCAAAGUUGCGUCUUCCCGAUUCGCCAGAUUUUAAACUUUUUAUCAGUAACCAUCCGUUCGAGCGGUACGACAGUGAGUACAAGGAAAUGUUUUGGUUCGAGAAGAUGUACACCACCACCGAGAGUUUCAAGAUCCCCCUUCGCUUCGUAUGGGGUGUGUUGCCCGUCGAUCGGGGGAAUUUUCUUGAUCCGGAGCAGCGCGGUGAUCUGUUCUUCGACGAGUCGUUCAACAUGAGUGCCCCGGAGUCGCAACGCUGGUUGCUGCAGUUCUGCCGGCGCAUCAAAAACCAAACGUUCUACCAGACGAGCUACGGGCUGCUGCUUCCUAACUGCUUCAUCGAAAACUUUAUCAGUUGGAUGGCGCGCCGGUGCAACGAUUCGAUGGGCGAAAUCGACCGGACGCCGUGCUGUGAGGUGUCCCCGUUUCCUUUCGCACCCGACAUAUUCGAUCAGUGUCUGCCGGAAUCGAUAUCCUCGCUGUACGAGACGCCUCGGGAGUUUUUCAUACCUGGCGUGGCCGGGCCGAAGUUUGACCGCAAUUCCUUUCUGGUGGAGUUUGGAAAUGACAGGGAAACGGAGGACACUGGUAAGGUUGUGAAGGCGGUAGUAAUCGAGUACGAAAGUACGCAGGUAUUCACCAUGUCCUAUCCGGAGAUUGAUGCGUUUGUGCGUUCGGUCGAGGGGUGGCUGGCGGAGCAGCUCCGUGACGCACCACCGACGAUGGCAAACGCUUGGUUCAUCAGUGAGCUGGAGUUUUUCGAUCUCCAGGAUACGCUGUCCACUGGCACGAUAGUGGCCAUUGCGAUGGCCAUGGCCGUAGCACUGCUCGUUUUGAUGCUCGUAACGCUCAACGUACUGAUCAGCUUGUACGCGAUCGUCACGGUCACUUUCACCAUCCUCACGACCGUGGCCGUGCUUGUCCUACUCGGCUGGAAGCUGAACGUGCUCGAGAGUGUGGCGGUCAGCACGGCGAUUGGGUUAGCGGUCGACUUUAGUCUGCAUUACGGCGUGCACUACAGACUUUCGACCGACGGAUCGGACCGACGAUCGUCGACGCGCUUCUCCCUGCAGCGAAUGCUAGGCCCAACGGCGAUGGCGGCCAUCACGACCGGUAUCGCCGGGGCACUGAUGUUGCCGUCGAGCGUACUGGCCUACAUACAAAUCGGCGUGUUUCUCGUGAUCGUCAUGUCAAUCAGUUGGCUUUACGCUACCUUCUUCCUGAUGAGCUUACUACGGCUGAUCGGGCCACAGUACGGAUUCGGUCAGUUCCGGUAUCCAAAACUUCGUACGGCAUUUCGCGCCAGUGCCGAUGCCUGCAAAUCUGCCGCCCAACUCGAUCCGGACGGUACGCGACAGAGUGCCCCACAUCACCACCACCAUCACCAUCAUCAUCAGAAAGGGGCCGUGUCGGAGCAGCUUCUUUCCAACUCGAGCUCGGCUGCCGGAGAUCUGGUCGGAUCGGAGUCGCACGAGCUUGACUCGCUCACGUCGAACUCGAUUAUCAAGCCGGUCAACCUGGACAUUGCGCGUCCGAUCAACUUUGAUCGGGCAUUCAAGAAGCAGCAAUCGCUACCCCGUGAGCAAAGCCCUUCCACGGCCAGUGCCAUCACGGUGGUGCUUCCAGACGACAUAGACAUUCGAAUAGCCCCGAUCGGCGGUGGAGCUUAGUUAAAUUGCAAUGGAAACCCCGAGAAGAGGGAGUGCCGUAUAUCUGAAGUAUUAUUAGUGUGCCGUUUGGCACCACGCACGUGUUUAGACGUACUUAGAGGCGGAAUGUACUUAAUGUUAACUUCGACUUCAUGCAUAGAUAUUAGUGAAAAAUACCCAAUAUGACCGUUUAGUGAGUGGAUCAUAGCGAAACUCUCUUUCCCUCAACCAAGUUUACUUCUGUCCCACGGUGGGGUCAUUGUUUAGGGCAACGGUUUUGCUUGACACGUAGGGCGUAUGUAUGUAAAUGGACUAUAAUAAUCCUAGCAUUAAUUGGGGGGGGGUGUGAAGUAAUGAUGAAUAUUUUAAAAGCGUUAAUUUUUGUCUGUUCCGAUCGUGAACAUGUCUGGCUUGAAUAAAAUAAUUUAUUCAAACUGCCUUUUGGCAACAUAUGGACGAUCCUUUUACAACUGCCGAGUAAAAAUUGGAGAGAUUAAAGCCAACUUCUGCCGCUACUUCUCUCUCCCGUGACACAAGACAUGUUUAGCAAAAUGAAUUUACAAAAAUUUACACAAAUUAACGAAAGUGUGGCGCAAUCGGCGUUCGUUGAACAAGCACAUUUAAGGAGCAUUGGUUGGGAGGUAUUGCUGUACCGUGUGCUUCAUAUCGAUGUUCGGGGGAGGCAGCAGAAACAUGUCAACCGGAGGAAAAUAUUAGUCAAGAGUUGAAAGUUCAUUUUUUGUUUUUGCUUUCCUUGGUUUCCCAUGGAAAAAGCGAAUACUAAAGUCAAGCUACCAUUAGCGAAGAUGACUUUCAUGGAUCGAAGAUCGGAGAAGUAGAGCUAUAGAAGAUUGUUUUUUCUUUUUGCAAUGUUUUGCAGGCAGUGGCCAGUACGUUACUUACGUAGGAGAUACACAUAUGCAUGUUGUGAAACAAUUAGUGGAACCACUUUGUGAUACAUAUAUGAAAAAAAACAUAACAAAUAUAUAUAUAUACAUACAUACGUACUAUUAAAGCAUACUAUUAAUAUUCGAUUAUUGUUGGAAGAAACAGGUUUUACAGUGUUAAAGAAAAUAUAAACUAAUAUAAGUAGCGAGAGUGGAAUUGCCGGAGAAUGUACAAAAACUUCCUUACUUACUACUAGAAGGGCAAAUGGUGAAAUGCAACAAGAAAGCAAACAGACAGACAAACCGGAAAUAGUAGGCCGCGGGUUGCGUACGUUGUAGCGCCCCAAGAGCAUAUGGUACGAAAAUAUAAGAAUUCAUUCAUCGGUUCUACGGUGUAACAUGCGACAGGUUGGAAUUUCUUUCCCAUGGCGA